AACCAGAGGCAAAGGCCUCAAAAAGGCCAACCCAGGAUAUUUUGCUGCCUGAGGCACGACAGCAAACGGUGCCUCUCAGCAGAUUCAAGGUUUCUCGUACCGAAUGCCGAGCAAAUUAUUUCGCGAGAGCGAGGCCGAAAACCCCACAUACGCCCGCCUCCGCCUCGCUGGCGGUACGCAAAGUCCAUGAACACAAAACAACCCUUUCCAGCCCUUCCCUGACAGGCCGCCUCCUCCGGCCUCGCGUAGGGCGGGCCCUGCCCCUGCCCGUCCUCCUCGCUUCCCUUCUUGGCCGCCCAGCGAGGCUCCAGAAAGCCGUUCCCCGGCUCUCCUCCCCGCAGCGACUGCGUGCCAGGAAGGCGUGGACGAGGGAUUCAGAGAAAGAGAGAGGAAGAGGGUCUCCACACACACACCCAUCAAUCCCAUCCAGUGGUUUCUCCCCGUCAUCGAGCCGCCUCCUCGCCAUGUCCUUGUACAGGAACUCGGUGUGGUUCUUGAAGGGACUGAACCAAUACUGCCGGAGUGGCUACGAGUCAGCGUCCAAGCAUUUUGUUCCAGAAGACUUGGAAGUAAAUGUAACUGGACGGUCUUUCAUGGUCACUGGAGCAAACAGUGGUAUCGGCAAAGCAGCUGCAAAAGAGAUUGCCAGGAGAGGGGGAGCAGUUCAUCUAGUUUGCCGAAAUGAAGACAGAGCUGAGGAAGCUAAAAAAGAAAUAACAACAGAAACUGGCAAUCAGAAUAUUUUUGUUCAUAUUCUGGAUAUGUCCAACCCCAAAAGAAUCUGGGAAUUCGCUGAACAGUUCAAAAAUGAGCACAGACUAAACGUCUUGAUCAACAAUGCAGGCUGCAUGGUUAACAAAAGAGAACUAACAGAAGAUGGACUUGAAAAUAAUUUUGCAACCAACACUUUGGGUACAUACAUUUUAACAACAGUACUUUUACCGCUCCUGGGAAAGGAAGAUGAUGCUAGAGUUAUCACUGUGUCCUCAGGAGGGAUGUUAGUUCAGAAACUAAAUGUAUCAGACUUGCAGUCAGAAAAAACAGCAUUUGAUGGCACAAUGGUCUAUGCGCAGAAUAAGAGACAGCAAGUGGUUUUGACUGAGCAGUGGGCUAAAGCACAUCCCAACAUCCACUUUUCUUCUAUGCAUCCUGGCUGGGCAGAUACUCCAGCGGUGAGGACCUCCAUGCCAGAUUUCUAUGAGAAGAUGAAGGACAGGCUGCGAACUGAGGCUCAAGGGGCAGACACCGUGGUAUGGCUCGCCGUCUCCCCUGCAGCAAGAAAGCAGGCAAGCGGACUGUUCUUUCAAGACAGACAACCUGUUCCGACUCACUUACCACUGGCAUGGACAAAAUCUUCUCCUGGUGAUGAAGAAAAACUGAUGCAGGCUCUUGAAGAGCUUUCCCAGAAGUUUAAACCCUGAUAAUCACCAAUUCCUGCUUCUUUUCUAACAAGAGUUCUGAGUUUAUUAUAGUGACAUAGUUCAAAACUGAACUAACUGAAGGCGUAGCUAAACAAAGCCUCAUUGCACUUGGAAAGUUUAAUAUGUAGAAAUUGAUCAUGUGCUUGAUUUUGCUACAUGAGAACACAGAUCAUUUUCUAAAUAAACAUUUAAACACAAAGGUUCUUUAUGUUUAAACAUUUAUUUAGAAAAUGAUUUGUGUUUAAAUGAUCUCAUGUUUUAAAAACAUAAUCCAGAAGGUGAAAAUAGAGACAUGGGCCUGAUUCCUGAAGGCCUUUGUCUAGUUGGUUGCAAUGGGAUACGUUUGAUGCAAAUAAUUCCUGUUCCAGAGUACUUUCCAUUCUUGGCUGGAGGAGGGUAGGUGUACUAGAGACACAGAAAAUACCACUGCCUGGAAGAGAAGGCAAAGAAGGAGAAUGGGGCUUCUGCUCCCACAGCACUUUAGGCUUCUUUGCGGUCAUGUUAUUUGCAUGACCUGUCUUUUUGAUAUCUACUUCAUACUUGCUGUUUUUGAAAAAACGAGAUGCCAUAAAUCUUGAUCUGAUCCAAGUAUAGUGGCCAUCUUCCCAGAAAAUUUCAAAGUGCUGAUUUUAACCUAAACAAUUAAAAGGUCUUGGGAGUGUGUGUGUCACUAAAAUUAAUCUUGUCCCUUGUGUAUAGCAGCACAAGGUAGAAGCCAAUAUCACAUUAAGUUGCAGUGGAUAUGCCACUUAUGAGCUUCCCUCUUUGCUGGAAACUUGCCACAAUUUAAAAAUCUCCAGAUGUUACCCAUUAAAGCUAAAAAAGCUUUAGAAAGAUUUCUGACAGCUGGCGCUCCUCUCUCUCUGAUGAACAAGUAAACAGCUAAUCAUAUGUUC